CACCGAUCGGCGGCGGCGGCCGGACGGCAGGGUUCCCCCGGGGCCUCCGCGAGGUCCCCCCCCCCACCCCACGAACCGGGGGGAAGCGGGGCGCGCCAUGGCGGGCCUGGGCCCCUGGAGCAGCCCGGGCGCCGGGCCCGAGGCGCUGGCGCUGGCGGCGGAGCUGCAGGGCGAGGCGACCUGCUCCAUCUGCCUGGAGCUGUUCCGGGAGCCCGUGUCGGUCGAGUGCGGCCACAGCUUCUGCCGCGCCUGCAUCACGCGCUGCUGGGAGCGCACGGGCGCCCGCGCGCCGUCGGGGCUCCCGCCGGGCCCGCUGCCCUGCCCGCAGUGCCGGGAGCCCGCGCGCCCCGCGCACCUGCGGCCCAACCGGCCGCUGGCCGCCAUGGCCGCGCUGCUCCGGCGCCUCGGCCCGGCCCCGGCCCCCGCCGGGAAGCGGGGGGCCCCGGAGACGGCGCCCGAGACCUCCCCCCCCGCGGCGGCGGCGGCGCGCCCCCGGCGCUGCGCCCUCCACGGGGAGCCGCUGAAGCUCUACUGCCAGGACGACGGGCGCGCCAUCUGCGUGGUGUGCGACCGCGCCCGCGAGCACCGCGCGCACGCCGUGCUGCCCCUCGACGAGGCCGUGCAGGAAGGCAAGGAGCUCUUGGAUUCCAGGCUGAAGGUCCUGAGGAAGGAGCUGGAAGACUAUGAGGUGUUCCGGUCUACGGAAGAGAAGGAGGGCAAGGAGCUCCUGAUGCAGAUGGCCACGGAGAAAGAGAAGGUUGGGGCUGAGUUCCAGGGGCUGAGAGCUUUCCUGGUGGAGCAGGAGGGUCGCCUCCUGGGCCGGCUGGAAGAGCUGUCCCGGGAGGUGACACAGAAGCAGAAUGAGAACCUGGCGCAGCUCGGGGCUGAGAUCACUGUCCUCUCCAAGCUCAGCAGCCAGAUCCAGGAGACAGCUCAGAAACCUGACCUCGACUUCCUCCAGGAAUUCAAAACCGCAUUAAACAAGUGUAGCAAUGUCGCUGGUCCCAAGCCAACCACAGUCUCCUCUGAGAUGAAGAACAAAGUCUGGAAUAUUUCUCUCAAGACUUUUGUCUUCAAAGGGCUGCUGACGAAGUUCAAAGAGGAUCUUCAGGGAGAGCUGGAGAAGGAAGAGAAAGUGGAGCUCACCCUGGACCCGGACACGGCGAACCCCCGGCUGCUGCUGUCCCUGGAUCUGAAGAGCGUGCGCCUGGGGCCGCGCGCGCAGGACCUGCCCAGCCACCCGCGGCGCUUCGACACCAACACGCGGGUGCUGGCGUCGUGCGGCUUCGCGUCCGGGCGCCACCACUGGGAGGUGGAGGUGGGCGCCCAGGACGGCUGGGCGUUCGGCGUGGCCCGCGAGAGCGUGCGGCGCCGCGGCCUGACGCCCUUCACCCCCGAGGAGGGCGUCUGGGCGCUGCAGCUGCACGGCGGCCAGUACUGGGCCGUCACCAGCCCCGAGCGCACGCCCCUGCGCUGCGGGCCGCUGUCCCGCGUCAGGGUGGCCCUGGACCUGGAGGUCGGGGCCGUGUCCUUCUACGCGGCCGACGGCCUGCGCCACCUCUACACCUUCCGCGUCAACUUCCAGGAGCGCGUCUUCCCCCUCUUCUCCGUCUGCUCCACCGGCACCUACCUGCGCAUCUGGCCUUGAAGGGCGGGGCGCCCGCCCGGGCCCCUCCUGCGUCCUCCCG